UCAAGUUUGAUUUUCCAGGCCUGGCAUGUGUAGCGUGGUUGCUUAUCUUUGUGCUUGUAGGCCUACUACCUUUUAACUGAGCAUAUAGCUGCGUUUCUACCCUAACCUGAACUCAAGUACAUUCUGGUGAUAGUUUUCUAUGUUUAGUUCUUAACCUGCGGACAAAAUACUCCCGGAGCUCCUAGCUAGUCCUGUCUCCUGGUGGAAUGGCGCGGCUGCCAAACUUUAGGCGGCUGCGGCGCAAAAUCAGGAAAGAAAUAACAGAGAUUCGCCUAUUCUUUCUUGACCUAGUCGUCUUCAUCGUCAGCUACGUGAAGCAGUUUCUGUACGAGUCCACGCUGCCGGUCACCAGGCGCCUUUUUAGCAGGCGCCCCUCCCCGCCCCGGGUGCAGGUCAAGGACGUGCGAUGCAAGCGGAUCCGGCUCCAGAUCGACUCCUCCUUCUCCUCGCCCUUCAAUGUGGAGGAGUUCGAGGUGGAGUGGCGCCCGACCAGCGAUCCGCCGAAGGAGUGGACGUCCGUGGGCAAGAGCGACCUGACAGCCCGCACGGUAGCCCGGCUGAAGGCCGACACGCCGUACGAGUUCCGGGUUAGGGCCUGGAACAGCAGGGGGUGCAGCGGUUGGACAGAGCCGGUGUCCAGUCGCACCAAGCUGGAUCCAACCGUCAACGACGGGGGCGGGUACGGCCCGGGUGGCCCCGACCUGUCGUACAGCUGGAGUCAGAACGCCUCUGAGGUGUGCGUCAUGUUCAAGCUCCCUCCCGGCUCCUCCAAGCGCGACAUCUCCCUGGCCCUGAAGCCCGACUCGCUGUCCGUGAGCCACGCGGGGCGGGUGCUGCUGGAGGGGGAGCUGUACGGCAGCGUGCGGGGCUGGGAGAACGGCUCCUUCUGGGAGCUGACAAAGGAGAAGGACCACACGCUCCUCUCCAUCACGCUUGAGAAGCAGGUGCGCUCGCUGGCUCCCAAGUUCGACUUCUGGCGCUGCGUGGUGCUGGGACACCCCGAGAUAGACACGCACCAGAUACCCCCCGGAGAGGGAGGCGGCGGGGGGGCGGCCAUGGGGGGCCCGGGCGGCGUUGGUGGCAUGGGCAUGGGCAUGGGCGGGGGCGGUCAGGGCCCCACCCG